ACCGAUCCCUGACUGAGUGAGGGGAGGGAGUUCUGGUCGCUCACGCUAUGGCGCCUCGGGGCCGCGCCCAGUCCCCUGUUUGCCGGCCGAGCCUCAGCUCUUUCCUCUGUUCACUCCGCCCGUGAGAACCCAGGCGGCUCCGAGGGAGCCAGGAACGCGGCGGGCAAACGGGACCAUGAGGAGCGGCCCGACCCGCGAGGCGGACAGCGGAGGGUGGCGCGGCACCUGCUGAUUGAGAAGAGGGAGCGGCCCGGCCGGCUCCGCGCGCGCGCCGCUGAGGUGCGGCGGAGGCUGGUCCGCGCCUCGGCCAUGUCGCUGCUCUGCGUGCGUGUUAAAAGAGCCAAAUUCCAGGGUUCACCAGAUAAAUUUAACACAUACGUGACUCUGAAAGUCCAGAAUGUGAAGAGCACAACUGUAGCAGUUCGUGGUGAUCAGCCUUCCUGGGAGCAAGAUUUCAUGUUUGAGAUCAGUCGUCUGGACCUGGGCCUCAGUGUGGAGGUGUGGAACAAAGGACUGAUAUGGGACACAAUGGUGGGCACCGUGUGGAUCGCACUGAAGACAAUCCGUCAGUCAGAUGAGGAAGGGCCUGGGGAGUGGUCUACACUGGAGGCAGAGACAUUAAUGAAAGGUGAUGAGAUCUGUGGAACUAAAAACCCAACUCCUCAUAAGAUCUUGCUUGAUACAAGAUUUGAGCUGCCCUUUGACAUCCCAGAGGAGGAAGCCAGAUAUUGGACCUACAAGUUGGAGCAAAUCAAUGCCUUGGCAGAUGAUAAUGAGUAUUCUAGUCAAGAAGAAAGCCAGAGGAAGCCAUUGCCCACUACUGCCGCCCAGUGUUCCUUUGAAGACCCUGAUAGUGCCGUCGAUGACCGGGACAGUGACUACCGCAGUGAGACCAGCAAUAGCGCCCCGCCACCUUACCACACAACUACCCAGCCCAAUGCUUCUGUGCACCAGUUCCCUGUGACUGUGCGACUGCCACAGCAGCUGUUUCUCCAAGGCAGUUCCCGUGACUCUUGCAAUGACUCUAUGCAGAGUUACGACCUUGAUUAUCCAGAGCGUCGGGCUCUCAGAUACCCUCAGAAAUAUAACACAAUAGAUAGGAGGAGAAAAAAAUCCUUGUACAGCCACUCUGAAGAUAAUGAAAGAUGCCAUUACCCUACAAAGAGAAAUUCUAAAUGUGCAUUUUCUGAUACUGAGAAUUCUGCUCAUUACUACAUAGAAAAGAAGAAACUAAACUAUCCGAUUUUGUACCCUUACAAAAAUGGAUUUGUGAAGAGUAGCACCUGGAACACAAACUUGGAAAGCUAUGAUUAUGGUCUGCCCUGUUGUUUAAGGAACUAUGGAAAUGUACCUGACUCUAACUGCCCUGCCACUAAUCUUACUCCACUAGAUAUUCUUGAUGACUCUACCAGCAGUACUUCUGAAGAAAUUUUACAUUCCCCCAUUUCUGAUGAGCAGGCAGAUAUGUCACCAACAUGGCAUUCAUCCAGUAUCCAGUAUAUAGGAGACUUUUCUGAAGAAUAUUAUGUAGCAAAUUCAGCAUUGCAAUUACAAAGGAUGAACUGUAAUGUUAACAUGGUUGAAGAUUUAUCCACAUGCUCCAUGGAAGAUAUGACCCCUUCCUUUGUUGAGGGACCCAAAGAGAACUAUGUUGACACAAUGGAUGAGCUUCAGUGUUUGGUAGAAACAGUUUCAGAAUAUUUAGCAGAGAAGGAAGAAGAGAUUAAUAGAUUUGGUUCUCUUUCAAAAACUAAAGAACCACAUGAACACAAUAGUGCUAUUGCUAUUGCAGAGCAGAAAACACCUGAGAAUCAAACAUUGCCUUUAACUGUUACCCAGAAUGCCAAGGCCAAGGCUGUAUCUUUCCCUGAGCUGAAUGGAGUAAAGUGUGCUGUUGGUUCUUUAUUCAGUUCACUAACAGAAAAGGUAGGUUCAGGCACAAAACAUCUUACAACCUCUGUGGAAAAAUUGGCUCAUUUAGUUCCAGAGAAAACAGAAACUCAGAACCCAACAGAGACAGUUAAUUUGGGACCUAACCCUAGUGCCAGCUCCAUAUUAGAGAAGGAUCUUUCUGUACAGCCUCUAUUAUCCUGUCAAACAACUAAUGAUAAGGAUGCUGACAGCCAUGGCAGAACUUCUGAGAAUGAGCACCUAGGUGAUAAGACUAAAGGAGAGAGCUUUCAGAACAAAACAGAAACUAUUAGAAAGGACUCUGCUCCACAAACUCAGAGUUCGAUUGUGAAGUCUGUUUUCAGCAUGCUGAAUCCAUUAAAGAUAUUUUCUGAGAAAGAGGAAACCAAAAGUGAAGACCAUAGCAAGGUAUCAAGAAGGGAAAGGACUGUAGGGUGUGGUUCUGAGUCAAAUCAAAGUGAGGACCUCCUGGACAACCAGAGUAGUAGUCUUGUUGUUCUAAAUAGAAGUAAAAGAGAAACUGCAGAACUCCAAAUGCAAGCAAGGGAAGAUUUGCUGCCCUCACAUGUGGCCGAUGAGCCUUCAAACUUAGCUAGUAGUAUGGGUAAGAAAGGUGAAACGGAGAAUCAGUUGGAAAGAAAACCUUGUGUAGAGCUUUCUCUAUCACAAGACCAACCAAAACAAAGUGACAAAGAUACUAUGGGGCAGCGUUGUGGUGUAGCUGGUAGUACCCUUGCAAACCAGGAAUCUCCCACAAAAGUGUUAGAGGAAGACAAAGUUACCAGUGAGGAUGAUUUCCUUGAGCCACUAAGAAAAUCAUUUAGUCAGUUCCUGUUUACUUCCCCUGAGGCCUGUAAAAAGGAAACUUUGUCAGAAUCUGUAAAAAUUCUUAGCCUGGAGGAAGAUGGACAGGAAAGAGAUGCGAAGAAAGACGGACAUUCGUUUUCAUUUAACAGAAAACUGCAUAUUCCAUUUUUCAGUGUUCUUAGCCAUUCUGAAAAGCACCAGGAUAUAAAAGAGAAAGGAAGCAUUUUUCCUUUGUUUACAUUUCCUCUCACUGACAGUCGUAACACUGGUAAUGAUCAGAGUCUUCACAGCUCGUUAGCAGCCACUGAUAAAGAGGUCCAACAAAAUGGCCACGCGGAUGCCAGACUUAGUUCAGUAAAAUCUAGUUCAUUCCCAAAUAUUCAUAAUCAUCUAGAGAAACUGGGUAGUUCUGAGGAAUUCAGUAAGAAUGACCAAAUAAAUUGUCCUGAAGAUGUUAAACUUAUUUCAUUAAAAUCCAGUUCAAUUUCAAAUAUUCAUAAUGGUCCAGAGAAACUUAACAGCAUAGAGGAAUUUAAUAAGAGUGACCAGACACAUUGGUCUGAAGAUGAAAAACAUAACACAAUGAGGUCUAACUCAACCUCAAAUAUUAAUAGUGAUUUGGAGGAAUGUGUGAGUUUGGAGGAAUUGAACCCAAGCAGCCAUGCAGUAGUAGAGCACUCUGAAAAAGCUGGCCCUGAUGGUGUGCCUAAAGAACACGUAACUGUAGCACUCUCAAAAGAAUGUGUGAAUCUUACACAAGUGGCAUUUCCCUUGGUGUCAGACUCCUCAUUGGAGCUCAUUUCUGCCAUUUCAAAAUCCAAAUUGGCUAAUGACACUAAUGAAGACAAAGUUGAAAAUGAAACUUCUAACAAAGGAACCCAAAGAGGCUUCCUUUCUGGCCUUUUAAGCAAGUUUCCUUCUCUAGAAAACAUGUCUAGUCAACAGGAAUUCAACUUGAAAAGUGACAGUUCCUACCAUAAGAAUAAUUCCUCAAGCUCAUUACUCUCUGGAAUAUUUAACUUGAUAUCAAACAGCAGUGUGAAUGAUUAUAAUCCAGUUGAAUCAAAGCUCAUGUCUUUAGAUGAUACAAAAAAUUUGAAUGGAAGUAAGCGUUUAUCCACAGUUGAAGUCCCUGUUGAUUCAUGUGUGACUUCUGAGAACCCGAGGAACCAGGUUGAAAACAAUGAAACUUCUAGCUUUAGAAAAAACUCUUUGUCAUUAUCAAAAGAAACCAUUCCAUCAUCUGAUGGUUGGGAUAAUAACCACCUUUGCCUUCCUACAUGGAAAAACCAGAAGAGUGAAAAGCAUUGCCCUUCUGAGAACAUACUCUGUUGUACUGAACAGAGUCCCUUAGAGAAAUCUGUGACUAAGAGGCCAAUACCAUACCAUAUUCUUGAAAUGAAACUACAUGAAAAGUCAAACAAGUUAAGUUCACCAAUACUAAAUACUAACAUUUUAAGUAAAUCAAACCAUUAUCAGGGUUUUGAUGAGGACUGUUUUGAAUGGGAUCCUGAUAUAAAAGAUUUCUCCAGAAACUCCAGAAGACUUCAGCCAGUUUAUCAUUUGUUGAAUCAAAAUACAUUUCCAUCAGCAGAUGCUUUCUUGUGGCCUGACUCAGAAAAUCCAGUAAUAAAUUUGUGCCAAAAAGAUCAAAAUGCAAAUAUAUUUGAGUGGGGCACAAAUCCAAACAAUGUCAUUUCAUGUGACUUGCCAUAUGAAUCAUUCGGCCAGUUAGCAUUUAAUGAAGGUUAUUUAUUAAGAGGUGAUAUGUGGGCAGCCAACUCAUGUGGAAAUUUUGGUUAUCUUCCAGUUAAUGAGACCAAGAGUUCUCUAGAAGAGUUGCCCAUUGAUUUAAGUUACUCUUCAGAUUAUGAGAAAAUUAUGUGCUCUCUGCUGCAACAAGAAUCAUUAAGAAUGGAUGAAAACUUCAUCUUUUCAAGUUUUGGUUAUGAAUAUCAGGAGUGGUUAUCAUAUCUUGAAAAUGGAGUUUGGUGGCCCUCAGAGGAUGGCAAUUAUGGAUAUUAUAUGUUUCAUGAUGGUCAGUAUAUAUACUCUCUCCUCACUGAUUCUACUGGGCAGUAUGUAUACUUAUUUAUACCUGAUUAUUAUCAUGAAUAUUUGAACUAUAAUUUACAAACAGAUGCUCUCCCAAGUAUUAUGUUAGAUGACAAUACUGUUUCUGCCCAUAGCCUUCAAGUUCUUGACAAGGAAGAUAAUUUAGUAUGGUAUGUUGAAGAAGAACCAAUUGAAGACCCUCUUGACUUAUCUAUAACUUUGCCGAGAAGUGAGAGGUCAUUUUAUGUAAAUCUAGAAACCUUUUCUCAAGUAUUUGAGUCAAGUUUUGACCAAAGGGAUAAGCCAUUAGAUUUUUCAGGCUAUAAUUCUCAAAAGUUUAAAAGAGAUUUUAGAUCUUUCAUAGGGAGACCCUGUUGUUCAGAAGACCUUGAGUGUAUAUUGGAUCUCAGAAACAAGCCUGGAACUAUGAGCAAUCAUGCCUUAAAUAGAGGCCCAAUUAUACAGGGAGAUAUGAACUGGCCUUUACCUAAAAAGUCAUCAGCAGCUCACCUUUCCAGGUUUCAUUUCCAUCAGCCAUCUUCUGAAGAACCUUCCUCUUUAAUUCAUCCCGAGAAUAUGACUGAAAGUUCACAAAAGGAAGAAACCCCAACAGUGAACAAAUUGACCCCUGUGUUUUCUAUUUUUGGUACCCUGAUUAGAAGUAGUUUGAAUUUUGACAAGAAUGAAUCUGUAGAUGGUUUGGUCAUGCAGAAAACAGAUCAGCAAUCAGAGUUAUCUGAACCCAUACAUGAUAGUCUUCAGUCAUUAAUCUUGAGUAAGCAAUUAUGUAACUCCACAAAGGAGGACAAAAGUCAUCCCAAGGAUUUGGAGAGGCAGACAGUAUCGAGUGUUCAGCAACCAGAGUUUACUGACAAUAUAAGACAAGAAUUCUCUUUACAUAAAAAUGAUCACAUGGAAAAAGAAAGUUUAUUAAAAUCUGGUUUUCAAGUAAACCAAACAACUCUUAAAGUUAAGACAGAUGUAGAGGAUGUUAAAAUUAUUACAGCAAAGUCUAUUGUAGAUCCUCUUGAAGCACAGCUUAGUAAGGAUGAACGUAAGAGUUGUGAACUUCUGCAAGACCAGUCUUCCAGAGAGUCUGAGAAAACUUUGCUUACAAGUGCACUGAAACUCUUUGGUUGGGAAGAAGGAUCCCCAGGAAGUACAGUAACAAGUGAGAAAUCGGCAUCUGGAAUUUUGAACCUCUUUAAAACCCGGGUUAAUAAGGAAGAAUCACCAGACUUGGAAAAGAUUGGUGAUAAAGGUGGGAAGAUUUCAUCUCAAGAAAAGAAGGAAUCUUCUGGUGUUGCAAAUUUUUUUGGAACCCUUGGGGAUUUCUUUAAAACCAAUGUGUCUCCCAUACAGACAACUGAAAAUAAGUCUGUUUCUUUAGUGACUGAUGAAGAUGAAGGAAGGUCAAGUCCUCACCCUUUACAUCUAGAGCAUCAGGAUACAGGAAAUUUCCCUUCACUACCAGGUCCCUCAAAAAAGGUUAGAAUUAGAAGUCUGACCAAACAGACUACUAUUGAUGACAGUGGACUAAGAGAACCACCAACCAGGGAGAUGCAGAGUAAUGGUUCAAAUGAAAAAGAGGUACCUGUCAGAGAUCACCAGGUACAGCAAUCAACAAGUCCACCUGUCUCAAUAGGUAGUCCCAAAGAGUCUCUUAGAGACUCUUCAAAAGGAACUGAUGCCUUAUUGACAGGAACAGAAGUUCCAGGAAAUAAUAAGUCCUUUGAUGCUCUGAGUAGAAGAAAUACAAAUGAACAAGAUAAUUUUCCUAACCAAGAAUGGAAAUUUUCAACUGCUACACCUGCAUCCCAACAAGAGUUGCCACCAAGAAGGAAUAUAUUUUCUUUCUUAACUGGAUCUCAGAAAUCUGAGAACAAAGCCUCUGCAGCUCUCCCAAGGGCCAGAUCUCAAGCAGAAGGGCUGUUCACUCUUCCUUCCUUUUUCUCCACAGCUAGCUUAAGCACCAAAAAGGAUGCCUCUCGCAGCAGCUCUGCUUUCAGUUUGUUUAACUUGUCUUUUUUGGAGGAGAAGCAGCAGCCCUCUGAGGAGAAACAAAGCCUCUCAGCUACUGCUCCAGUGACUGCCCAGCCUUGUAGGAAGCCAGUUGUUUCUGUAGACUCAGGAGACAUCAAGACAAAGGAAGAUUCUACCGGCCAUAAAGAAAGCAUAGUCCAGGAAGAAGUUUAUGAAGAGCAAGUGGCUCCUUGUUUAUCCAUUAACAGCACCACUAAGCUUACUACCUCCCUUGUAGACAAGCUCCAUGUAGAGAAAACCCAGGGAAAAAUGAGGUCCAGUAAAGGAGGAGCAGAAGGAGCAACUGCUUUUGAUUUUCAGGUCAAUCAGUUGCCAGCCAAUGUUCCUCUUGUACCAGAAUUUCAGGAACAAGCCCUGAGUGUAGCUCCUCAGGAAGAAGCCACUUUCCACCAGGAAACCUUCUCCAGAGACUCAGCGGCUGAGUCUUUUCGUCAUGACAACAGUUCUCAUGAGAAGCUCAAUGAUUUAGAUGUCUGUACUGAAUACCAAAAUGAAAGAUUUACCACUGACUUAUUGAACUUGCCUUUGAAAAAUGGCUCUGACAGUCUCUCAACACAGAUCCUGGAUUUACCUUCUGCUUCUCCAGACCUAAGGCAUACAGGGCUUCCUCAGAACCAAGAUGCAGAUAAAUUAGAAGACAGAUCAGUAUUAGGCUCCAAAGUAGAAAUGAUUUCAGGGUUUGUGACCAAAGUAAAAUCUUUUUCUGGGUCCUUAAUUGAACAGCCUAAGACUUUUUCUGGAUUUUUUUCUACUCCUAAAUCUCCAAAGAAAAAUUCCUUUUUUUCGUUUUCCUCUGCUGCAUCCUCUCAGCCCCUCAGAAGUGAGUUGUUUGGGAUUUUCAGAAGUCCCAAAUCAGAAACAAAUAAACAAGAACCAUCUGUAAGUACUUCAUGCCUUCAGAGUGGUUCUUCCAGAGACCCUGUAGGAUCAGUUCCUCCAAAAAGCUUGCUUGGAGAAGCUGCCUGUGCAGGACUUAAUUCAGAGUCUGCUCUCAGUGCCUGCAGCAUAACUGUGGUUGGUGCAAAGUUGGAAUCAGAUCCAUUGACAGAUGGCCCUAAACUAACACCUGAAAUGGAGAAAAAUAAUAUUCCUGAAAGUAUUUCAGAACCCCCAUGUUUUGAAGUACUUGCUACUACAUCUUCAGUCUCAGAGGAUGAUAUGGGACAAGGAGUAUUAUCUUUGAGUGAUGAAGGAGACAUGGGGCUUUUGCAGGGCACAGACACAGAGGCCUCAUUGGAAGCAGAGCACAUUCUUCCUCCAACACAGCUGCAGUCCGAUUCUGCCUGUAUUGCGGAAGAGCUUCCCCCUUCAAGCCAACCACUUCUUGAACCAGAGCCAGAGCCAGAGCCAGAGCCAGAGCCAGAGCCAGAGCCACAGCCACAGCCACAGCCUCAGCCAGAGCCACAGCCAGAGCCAGAGCCAGAGCCAGAGCCAGAGCCAGAGCCAGAGCCACAGCUAGAGCCAGAGCCAGAGAUUCUAACGGCCGGCACAAAUCAGGAAUUCUUUGGGCUUGCAAUCACUUCUCUAGAAACUAGUACUUCACUGUUUGAUGAGGCAGGAGUCAGUGAGAAUACCACACUGGAAACACAAGGAGAUCAUUCUUGUCCUUUGAAAGAGGAACCUGUGCUUUGUCCCAAAGAAAGCUCUAGUAUACAUCAUGCCCCAAAAGAUCCACCUGUAGCCUCCCAGGACACAGAGCAGACAAGACCUCGUUUUGAGAUACCAAAUAUGGCCAGUUGGCCAAAGCUUCACUUCCCAUCAACUCCUGACCAUGGGAAGGCACUGAGUUCAAUCUUUAACCCCUCUAGCUCUGGUAACAUGGCAGCAGAGACUGGCUUAAUGUCAGGUUUUAAGAAGUUGUCUACUCUGUUUGAAGGAGCUAGUGAGGGGAAAGGGGGUAUCCUAGGAACUGAUCCAAAACUGGUGUUUGGAAAGAAACUGGAUCUUUCAUUUCCGUGGUCAAAAGAUAGUAAAGGAGACCCAGAGCAAAUGCCUGCAAAAUCAUCUCCAGUUUUGGUUGUUAGCAGUGAUCAGGACCUUAUCAUCAGCAAGGCUAACAAAGUUUCGGAGUCUUCUCAAAUACCUCGUGGUAGUCCUGAGUCAGCUGACAUCUAUACUCAGCCCUCUGGGACCACAGAACAGUCGGUGGCCAAGCCUAGUGACUAUGCUCAUGAGCUUUCAAAAUCUGAUGAGGUAGAAAGGCAGCUGGAAAUUUCAGCAUCUGAAGAACAUUGGGGUGAAGAUAGCAACCUGUCUGGAUCUGCCUGUCCUUCAGAGAAACACAAGGAAGAGCACUGUGCUCAGCCAGCAAAGCAAGAAGAGAUGUCUGCUAGCACUGGCUCUGUGUUGAAUGUGGGGCAGCUAGUCAUUCUGGAGGAGGUCAAGGAACCUGUGACCAACAAAAGCCCCACCGGCAGUAGUAGGUAUGGCUCCUCCUGUAAUGUGAGUCAAGGGAGCUCUCUGCUGAGUGAGCUGGACCAGUGUCAUGAGCAAGAUGAUGACGGUCGGGAGAGGGACUCCAUUCAUUCUAGCCAUAGCUAUGGCAACCUCUCCAGGGAUGGCCAGGCUGGUUUGGGAGAACAAGAGAAAGCCUUGGAAGUGACAUGUGACUCAGAGAAGGAGAUGAGAGGUGAUGCCACAAUCCACCCUCCUGCAGAUCUGGUGCUGCAAAAGGACCACGCCCUAGGACCCCAGGAGAGUCUUCCUGAGGAGAAUGCAUCAUCGCCAUUUACCCAGGCUAGAGCACACUGGUUCCGAGCAGUUACCAAGGUCCGACUUCAGCUGCAGGAGAUUUCAGAUGAUGGUGACCCCUCCUUGCCUCAGUGGCUCCCAGAAGGGCCAGCUGGAGGGCUCUAUGGCAUCGACAGCAUGCCAGAUCUACGAAGAAAGAAGCCACUGCCACUUGUCAGUGAUCUGUCACUGGUCCAGUCACGGAAAGCAGGGAUUACAUCUGCUAUGGCUACACGUACCUCUCUCAAGGAUGAAGAACUGAAAUCUCAUGUGUACAAGAAAACUCUGCAGGCCUUAAUCUACCCCAUCUCGUGUACCACACCCCACAACUUUGAGGUCUGGUCUGCCACUACACCUACCUAUUGCUAUGAAUGUGAAGGUUUGCUCUGGGGCCUUGCCCGUCAAGGCAUGCGCUGCAGCGAGUGUGGAGUCAAGUGCCAUGAGAAGUGCCAGGACUUGCUCAAUGCCGACUGCCUGCAACGGGCUGCUGAAAAGAGCUCUAAGCAUGGAGCUGAGGACCGGACUCAGAACAUUAUCAUGGCUAUGAAGGACCGUAUGAAGAUCCGAGAACGGAAUAAGCCAGAGAUCUUUGAGGUUAUCCGGGAUGUGUUCACAGUGGGCAAAGUUGCUCAUGUGCAGCAGAUGAAGACAGUAAAGCAGAGUGUCCUGGAUGGUACUUCCAAGUGGUCAGCCAAAAUCACCAUCACUGUGGUUUGUGCCCAGGGCCUACAAGCCAAAGACAAGACAGGAUCCAGUGACCCUUAUGUGACUGUGCAAGUUGGGAAAACCAAGAAGCGCACCAAGACCAUUUUUGGAAAUUUGAAUCCUGUUUGGGAGGAGAAGUUCCAUUUUGAGUGCCACAACUCUUCUGAUCGAAUUAAGGUACGUGUGUGGGAUGAGGACGAUGAUAUCAAAUCCAGAGUAAAGCAGCGGCUAAAGCGAGAGUCGGAUGAUUUCCUUGGCCAAACUAUCAUUGAAGUUCGAACACUGAGUGGAGAGAUGGAUGUUUGGUACAAUCUGGAGAAGAGAACAGACAAGUCAGCUGUCUCAGGGGCUAUCCGACUUCAAAUCAGUGUGGAGAUCAAGGGGGAGGAGAAGGUAGCCCCAUACCAUGUACAAUAUACAUGUCUCCAUGAGAACCUUUUCCAUUACCUCACAGACAUUCAGGGCAGUGGAGGAGUCUGGAUCCCAGAGGCUCGAGGGGAUGAUGCAUGGAAGGUGUACUUUGAUGAGACAGCCCAGGAAAUUGUGGAUGAAUUUGCCAUGCGCUAUGGCAUCGAGUCCAUAUAUCAAGCCAUGACGCACUUUGCAUGUUUGUCAUCCAAGUACAUGUGUCCUGGUGUACCAGCUGUGAUGAGCACCUUACUGGCCAACAUCAAUGCCUAUUAUGCUCACACAACCGCCUCCACUAACGUCUCUGCAUCAGAUCGUUUUGCAGCCUCCAACUUUGGUAAAGAAAGAUUUGUAAAACUGCUGGACCAGCUACACAACUCACUGAGGAUAGACCUCUCUACAUACAGGAAUAACUUUCCUGCUGGAAGCCCUGAGCGGCUUCAGGAUUUAAAAUCUACAGUGGAUUUGCUGACCAGCAUUACUUUCUUCAGGAUGAAGGUACAAGAACUUCAGAGCCCCCCAAGAGCCAGCCAGGUGGUAAAGGACUGUGUGAAAGCCUGCUUGAACUCUACAUAUGAAUACAUCUUCAACAACUGCCACGACCUCUACAGUCACCAGUACCAGCUGCAGGAACUACCUCUAGAGGAACCAGGGCCCAGCAUUCGGAACUUGGAUUUCUGGCCCAAACUUAUCACACUCAUUGUGUCGAUCAUAGAGGAGGAUAAGAAUUCCUACACACCUGUUCUGAACCAGUUUCCUCAGGAGUUAAAUGUAGGAAAAGUCAGUGCAGAGGUGAUGUGGCAUCUGUUUGCUCAAGACAUGAAAUAUGCACUGGAGGAACAUGAGAAAGACCGGCUGUGUAAGAGUGCUGACUACAUGAACCUGCACUUCAAGGUGAAGUGGCUCCACAAUGAAUAUGUGCGGGAUCUGCCUGCCCUCCAGGGGCAGGUGCCUGAGUACCCAGCGUGGUUUGAGCAGUUUGUGCUACAGUGGCUAGAUGAGAAUGAAGAUGUGUCCCUGGAAUUCCUUCGUGGGGCCUUGGAACGAGAUAAGAAGGAUGGGUUCCAGCAGACAUCAGAGCAUGCCUUGUUUUCCUGUUCUGUGGUGGACGUCUUUACACAACUCAACCAGAGCUUUGAGAUCAUUCGGAAGUUGGAAUGUCCAGACCCUAGCAUCCUUGCCCACUACAUGAGAAGGUUUGCUAAGACCAUCGGGAAAGUGCUGAUGCAGUAUGCUGACAUCUUAUCAAAGAACUUCCCAGCUUACUGCACAAAGGAGAGACUGCCCUGUAUCCUGAUGAACAACAUGCAGCAACUGAGGGUCCAGCUGGAGAAAAUGUUUGAGGCCAUGGGAGGCAAAGAGCUGGACUCUGAGGCUGCAGACAGUCUGAAGGAGCUGCAGGUGAAACUGAAUACAGUUCUGGAUGAGCUCAGCAUGGUGUUUGGAAACAGCUUCCAGGUGCGGAUUGAUGAGUGUGUUCGACAAAUGGCUGACAUCCUGGGCCAAGUUCGGGGCACAGGGAAUGCAUCCCCUAACGCCAGAGCCUCGGUGGCUCAGGAUGCAGACAGUGUGCUGCGACCUCUCAUGGACUUCCUGGAUGGCAACCUCACACUGUUUGCCACUGUGUGUGAGAAGACAGUUCUGAAGCGAGUCCUCAAGGAGCUCUGGCGGGUGGUGAUGAACACCAUGGAGCGGGUCAUCGUCCUGCCCCCACUCACUGACCACACAGGCACCCAGCUGAUCUUAACUGCUGCCAAGGAGCUGAGCCAGCUUUCCAAACUCAAGGACCACAUGGUACGGGAGGAAACACGGAAUCUCACUCCAAAGCAGUGUGCCGUCCUUGACUUGGCCUUGGACACCAUCAAGCAAUACUUCCACGCAGGAGGCAAUGGUCUGAAGAAAACCUUCCUGGAAAAGAGCCCAGACCUGCAGUCUCUACGCUAUGCCCUCUCUCUGUAUACGCAGACAACAGACACUCUCAUCAAGACAUUUGUGCGCUCACAGACCGCCCAGGGGGCUGGUGUAGAUGACCCCGUGGGAGAAGUCUCCAUUCAGGUGGACUUAUUUACACAUCCUGGCACUGGGGAGCAUAAGGUCACAGUGAAAGUGGUAGCAGCCAAUGACCUCAAGUGGCAGACAGCGGGUAUGUUCCGGCCUUUUGUGGAAGUGACCAUGGUUGGCCCACACCAAAGUGAUAAGAAGAGGAAGUUCACAACCAAGUCUAAAAGUAACAACUGGACUCCCAAGUACAACGAGACAUUUCACUUCCUCCUGGGAAAUGAAGAGGGUCCAGAGGCCUAUGAAUUGCAGAUAUGUGUGAAGGAUUACUGCUUUGCCCGGGAGGAUCGUGUCAUAGGACUGGCAGUGAUGCCCCUGAGGGACGUGGCAGCUAAGGGCAGCUGUGCCUGCUGGUGCCCGUUGGGCCGGAAGAUUCAUAUGGAUGAGACAGGCAUGACCAUUCUCCGGAUUCUGUCUCAGAGGAGCAAUGACGAGGUAGCCCGAGAGUUUGUGAAGCUCAAAUCAGAGUCUCGAUCCACAGAGGAAGGGAGCUGACCAUCUCUGCCAUCUCUGCCUUAUGUGCCAUCCAGACAGCACCCACUGCACGGAUCAGUCAGGGAGAGUUAGCUGUGUAGCUAGCUUAGAGUCCUUGUAGUCAAAAGGCUGACUCUCCCAGUUAGGAUGUGUAAGGAGAAUCUUGGGGUAGUACGCUUUUCAGAGAAAAGUCCCAAGUCCCCAGCCAGUAGUCUGUGGUGCUAGAAGCUGGGCUGUGGAAGCUACUUCAUGGAGAGAUUUUUCCAUAAAUAGAGAUGGACAGACAUUUCCAAGAAUGUCAGCUAUUCUUGGUAGACAACUGUCCAUUCCACUUCCCACUUCCGCCCCUCUCUAAACCACACUGUCCAGGUAGGUACUUCUGCGCUCCUCAUUAGAACGUGUCUAGAAGGCCUGGAGCUUGACCUGGCUGACUCCGUGAUCCACAGUGGAGACUGGCCAGAGGAGGAACACACGGGAUGGAAUUCACUGUCAUCUGAGCAGCAGGACUGGCGAGUGUGGCUUCAGUGAGGACAAGCUAAAUCCUUUACUCAGAAUAGCUGUCAUGAAUCAAAGCAGGUUCACAUGGUGCUUUGGAGCCCUGAGCAGAAUAUUUUUUUGGAAUCCAGGCACCAGGGGUCUCAUGUGCCCAGAGUACUGCCAGCUCCCUACUCCUGUGCUUAGAACACACACACACACACACACACACACACACAUACACACACACACACACACACACACACACACACACACACACUCUAUCUUAUAUGUAUAGACUUGAAGGCUAACUAAGGAUUCAAGGAUAUUUUCUUGAGUAGUCCCUGAACAAAGCCAAAAAUAAUGGAAAAUUGUCUUGAAAGAAUUGUUCUCACCUAUGGUCAUAACCUUCUGGCUGUCCUCCUUGCAGAAAACAUCUAGUCUUUAGCCUUCCUCUUUUCUUUGGGAUCAGCUGCUGUCCCCUACAGAUUGGUCAAGCAUAAAGAAGGAGCUUGGACUCUCAUUCCUCUGUACAAGCUGGAUGGAGAGGACCUUAGGGCUUGCUGGAAGGUCAGAGACAAACCCUUUCAGCCAGUCAGAUGAGCUUCCUGGACCCUUGCUCAGAAAUGUGACUUGACCCUUGGAUUUCCUGAUAAUAGCCUGACAUUUCUAAAGACUCAACAUUGUCCACAAUGCGCCAGUCAAUACACGAAACAAACCAAGCAUCUUUGCUGUUUUUAAUUAUUAUAUGUGCCAUUAUUAUGGGGAAUUGUAGGGUAGACUUUAAUAAAUUAUAGCAGCUUUUGGAGUCUG